AUGGUUCCCAAGGUUGGCAUCAACGGCUUCGGCAGAAUCGGUCGAGUUGUCCUUCGAAAUGCCCUCGAGACGGGCGAUGUUGAGGUUGUGGCACUCAACGAUCCUUUCAUUGAGCCUCACUACGCUGAAUACAUGUUCAAGUACGACUCCACUCACGGCCGCUUCAAAGGAGACAUUAAGGUCGAUGGCAAGGACUUGGUUAUCGACGGCAAGAGGAUCAAAUAUUACCAAGAGAGAGACCCUGCCAAUAUCCCUUGGAAGGACAGCGGCGCCGAGUACAUUGUCGAAUCCACUGGCGUUUUCACCACCACAGAGAAAGCCAGUGCCCAUUUCAAGGGUGGCGCCAAGAAGGUCAUCAUUUCUGCUCCCUCUGCUGAUGCUCCGAUGUAUGUGAUGGGUGUCAAUGAGGACACCUACGCAGGUGCCAAUGUCAUAUCCAACGCUUCUUGCACAACAAAUUGUCUGGCGCCGCUGGCCAAGAUCCUCAAUGACAAGUUUACCAUUGUCGAGGGUCUCAUGACGGCUAUCCACGCUUACACUGCGAGUCAAAAGACUGUCGAUGGUCCUUCGUCCAAGGACUGGCGUGGUGGUCGUGCUGCCGCACAGAACUUGAUUCCUAGUUCCACGGGAGCUGCAAAGGCUGUUGGAAAGGUCAUUCCCGAGCUGGCAGGCAAGGUUACGGGCAUGUCUGUCCGAGUUCCCACCGUCAAUGUUUCGCUUGUCGACUUCACGGUUCGGUUUGCAAAAGAUGUAACUUAUGAUGAAGUGAAAGCUGCGAUUAAAGAGGCUUCUGAGGGGCCUCUCAAGGGCAUCCUUGCUUACACCGAUGACGAUAUCGUGUCCACUGACAUGCUUACUGACCCUCACUCUUCAACUUUUGAUGCCAAGGCUGGAAUAGCCUUGAACAAGAAUUUUGUAAAGGUCAUGAGCUGGUACGACAACGAGUACGGCUACAGUCGCCGUGUGGUAGAUUUGAUCGUCUUUGUUUCCAAGAAGGAUGCCGGCCAGUAA